AUCCGACGCGUCGGCUGUACCGUAGCAGCGUAACCACAACCUGUUUGUUGUCGUUAAUAUAUGACACCUCCAUUUAUGCCAAUCAAAACCAGGCGGUCUGUACCGACGGUUGCUCAGCACAUUGUUUCUGGCAAGCUUUCCGGCACUCCCUAGAAUUCGCACGCAUUCCGAGGGCUUGGAAACUGGGUGGUGUGGCCCAUAUACAAUGGAGAUCGUCUGGAUCCUGCAAACUAUCGCGCUCUGCAGAAGCAUUGCUCUGGCGUGGACAUCACCUCCACUACACAGCACGGCUUUCAGAGGAGGCGCUCCUGCACUACCAACCUACUGGUGGCGAUGGAAAAAUAGGCAAGAUAAAUAGGUGUUAGCAAAUGCCUGGAACUUGUCUUCCUUGACUUCAGCAAGGCGUUUGAUAUAGUCCCACAUCAGCGACUGCUGUACAAGCUCCGGGAAAUUGUUGUCAGUGAACACCUAUUCUCGUGGAUCGCCGACUUUUGGGGGAUAGAACCAUGCAGGUGCGAGUGAAUGAAACCCUUCCCAGUCAGCGCUACUGACCAGCGGGGGCCCGUAAGAAUCUGCCCUCGGACCUGAACCUUUCAAGCUGUUCAUCAGCGACCACAAAACGCUUCAAACCGAAUGACUGUUUUAUGCUGAUGACCUAAGCUUUGCUCGGACGUCUAUUCUGCUGAUAAACUACAGGCGAAGCUGAAUCUACUACUUGACUGGUCCACCAAGUGUGGUUAACUUAUCCACUAUGCCAACUGCUCAUCAUGCAAUCCUUUCCGGUCUUUUGUAUCAUGCCAUCAUCACGAUCACGCCACUGCACUUCUCGACUUUAAUCCUUCCAAGCAGUAUGGAUGGAGACAUUCCGACCGACGCAACUGACUGUCGAUUCUCCUCACCUUGUGAUGAUCUUCUUGUAGAUAUCACCGAGCGUUUUACCGGAGCCUGUAAAAUAGCUCUGAAACCCGGAGAGUUAUGUUGCAAUUCGUGGUUCACAUUGCAGCACGCUAUGUCCGCAAUAGAGAUUAUGGAUCCCAAGAUGGACAUACGUGUGGUUGGUGCAAGACGAAUUAUGUGCACUACGGAGCAUUUGACUACGGGCACGCUCCCUUUGGAUCGAUUCGAAGACAUUUCCGAACUGAUUGGCAUUAUGGACGAAUUACUGGCAUGUGUCGUGAACUGGUUAACCGGAGACUCGCUGGCCCAAUCCGUUUUCAUUUCUAUGUACAUGCAUUGCACACAGCUGAUAUGUGAUCCUUAUUUAUCCGCUUUUUGCGAAUUGCUACGACACAAUGUGACUCGACUACGUCAUUUCAUUGUGUCCACCGGCUCCUUCGACGAGGAGGAUCACUAUGCGCCGACACUGGGAAUGCCAAUGUAUGAACCGAGUCCUGCUUUCAAUCGCUUUUUAAAAACUCAACAGGAUUCCGAUUGUAUCCAACACUCGACUGAGUUGGGGCGCCUUGAUUGCACCGAUGAUUUGAUUGCGAAUUUACCGGAGCUGAACUCCUCAACCGGUCCCAAACUUCUAUCGUGUUUGCGGAUCCGAUUAAACUUUAUCCGCAAGUUUGCAGAUUUUCUUAACUGCCUUCCUCUGUAUGCUCGUGCCGAAGGGGGCAUGGAAUCUACGAAUCUUGAAACAAAUUCUCACUUGUCAUCUGCUGCUUGUCCCGGACCGCAGACAUAUGAUACAGACACCUCUAUACCCUACUCCAUCGCGUCUUUAUCCGGAACGGAGCAGUUUUGGAUUAGCAUAGAAUCCGCUUGUGCCAAUUGCCUAAAGUCUCUCAAAUCUCUCAAUCAAAUAGCCAUACAUCUGGUCACUACUGUUAGUGUUGGCAAAUCUAGCGGUCGUGGGAGAACACAGCCGAAGGAUUUUUCAUAUGGUCUACCUGGUUUUGAGCCUCUUCUCAAUCAAACGCAUCUGCCGUCUUACAUUCCCCGCUUUGUUGUAAUCCACGAGCGUCCUGCUGCUUUCACCUAUUUGCUCAAGUUAACCACUCAUCUCCUUCAGAUACUUGACAGUAUCCAAUGUAUUGCUAGAUUACAACCUCGCAUGGAGAUGCUUUCUACACCCCACCCACUAUGGGCUCUUCUUCGUGCCCACGGCCAAAAUACAUGCUCUUAUCUAACCGAGCUGUUACAUGGACCACAACCGUUGCCUUCAUAUCCGGCCGCUCUACCAGUUAGUUUUAACAGCUGUGUUCUGUCCCGUUCCGUUUGUUACUCUCUUUAUUCCGCAUCAUUGCACAAUGUGUCCCUACCUGAUAAACCUAUGUCACUUCAAGCGGUGUUCGUAUUGAACGCGUGGAUGGCACUUGAGCCAGAGCGCUACCGAUUACCCAUUCGGAAUCUCGUAUGCGAAACAACCCACCUAGCGGACUUUUUGGACUUGAUUGGUGAACAUCUUGCACAGAUUCCCCGAGUGUACUGCUUGAAUCGGUCUCGCCAACGUAGUGUUCUAAUCCAGUGGCUUGAGAAGAUGCCCAGUCUUAUGCAUGAAUGCAUGCGUAUGCAGCUCAUGGUCGCAAUGGAAUUGGCGAAGAAGUUCGACUGGGCAAAUGUGCAACAAUCCGUGUCUCCUGCGGAUGACUCUUUCAAGCCUAUAGAUCUACAGGUGGUUUCUUUGAUCUGCUACUAUUAUUAUCAUCUGGCCUGGGACUACAUCAUCUCCGGAUUUCAGUUAGAACUGUACAGCAGUUAUGAGUGGGUGCCCAUGUACACGUUCCUGAUUCAAUUGUUGCAGCAGUUGUCUACUCUGAUGGAGCGCCUCGCCACUCUGUCCGCAGCCACUAUUAGCCCGAACAUGGAGGGUACAUUGCACGUCUCCACGGACACUGUUUUGCGUACAAACCACUGCACAUCGCUCGACGGUGAAACCAAAGAACCGACGGGGGAUAAGGCUGUUUGCCCGCUAGGCCGUGGACGUAAAAAGAAUCGUAAAGGGCGAUCCAGGCAUCACGCUGCUCCACUCUCAUCCGAAGGUGCAAACAAUAAUGAAGCAGUGGAUUGUCUCCCAGACAGGCCAACCUUGUCCUUCUGUUGGCAUAAGUUUUGCGGACCGCUUUCGAGUAUUGAAUUGCUUCUGUUAACAGUGCACCGUUUUCUUGUCGUCGGAACGACUUACGCGCUGCGAGCAUUGCAGUUAGAUAGUGGUGGUGAUCCCGUCUUGGACACAGAUGCACCGGAGCCCUUUGUAGGUUUUGCCAACGCUGCAGAAAUAUAUGGUCGUCGUUUGGGUCUAUUCCUACUUGUGCCAAACUCUCCUUUGAUGUCGCCGAGUGGAUUUCGAGGAUCUUUCUCCGCAUGUAAGCAAUACGUCACCACAGGCAUCUUCAGCGGCCCUACCACCGCGUUGUAUGAACAAGCUGCACUCAACUACGACAAUGCCCGUCUCCGAGUCCAGUUGGUCUCUGCACGCUUUCAACAUGAUUUAGACAUCAUGGUUGCUAUAUCGGGAGCUGAGAAGACACCCUUCAUGGAGGACAUGAUGCAACAACUGUUCGGUACACCAGACCGCCUCUCUCAGCUCGAUCGUCUAGCCAAUCACAACUCGGUUGCUUGUCGCGUGUUAGCCCAGUGCCCAGAUAGACGUCCGAAACCAGCUGCCAAUCUUGCGACCCCGGGAAAAUACUUUUUCCCGCUCCCAUCCAGCCCUGUACAGUUGAAUUUUGACUUCCUCCCCAGCCGUGUAUAUCCCCUCAUUCGACUGCAGAGUGCCUCCUCGCGCCCCUCCGUAUCCGUCGGUUAGUGAUACACGACACUGUGCAAUCUCUUCCUUGCUGGUCGCGCGCGCAUAGCGUUUGUCGGUUGCCAUCAUCUAGUGUCGGAAUAGUGUAAAGCCACUUGAUGAACCUGUGAUUUUCUGCAUUCCCUUUGUUUUUAGGAAAUCUACAUUUCGGUAGUGUCUCCUUUCCCCCUUCCUGCUACAUUCUCACCUUCCCGAUCACACUAUGUGCAUUCAGUAGUGCAACGAUGCUAUUCUGUGCCCGAUCCGCUCGGAGUUUAUUGACCUUUUGUAUAUAUUUUCUUUUUCCUUGGAAAUGGCUCCUUUGACGUUUAUUUUCGCUUAGUUCUGUGAACUUUUGCCACAAUUGUACCGACUUUUCUGUAUCUAUCGUAGCCAUGAAUAUCACGAGAUGGAUCAAUGAUACUCUCUCCGACUGGUCUU